AUGUCGCUCCAAGUUGAAGUCACCCAGCAGGGCAAUGGCGGUCGAGAGGCCAAGGCCGGUGACAGCGUGUCUGUCCAUUAUCGGGGCACCCUCGCCUCCAAUGGGGAGAAAUUUGAUGCCAGCUAUGACAGGGGCCGACCUUUGAGCUUCAAACUCGGCGCUGGGCAAGUCAUUCAAGGAUGGGACCAAGGCAUCAAGGGCAUGGUUGUCGGCGAGAAGCGCAAACUGACCAUCCCACCCAGCCUUGGAUACGGCGAUCAAAAAGUUGGACCUAUUCCUGCGGGCUCCACUCUCAUCUUCGAGACGGAGCUGAUGGCGAUCAAUUAA